GACUGCACCUGAUUGACUUUGUAUUUUUUUGUGUCCAUUUCAGUUUAAGAAGUGGGAGGAUACUUGUUAUGCAAAAUUUGUAGAAGUGCCUGAGAGGAUUGAGGUGCCUAAGGGUACUGAGAUGCCUAAGAGGAUUGAGGUGCUUGAGAGGACUGAGGUGAUUGAGUGUCUUGAUAUAGAGAAAGAGUACCAGAAGCAUGUCUUAGAUCUUGGAUUUUGAUGAGUUCCGUGUGGUUGAGAAGACAUAUGUUGAAUGCUUCGACCCUUUGGUCAUAUGCAUUCAGAGAUACUGCAUCUAGUAUGCCACCUAUGGUCACUGGAUUGGAAUGAGAAAAUCAUCCUGAGUGCAUAUGCUACUGUAAGUACUUAUCCAAUGGAUUGUUUAUGUUGUAAGUACUUAUCCAAGAACUUAUUCAAGAACUUUAUGUUGUCUCUUUGAUGAUUCCAAUCUGAAUUGCUGGGCAAACGCAAUGGAACUGCCUGUCUGGACAAUGAGCUAACAACAGAGAAAAUGGAGAGCGUGAAGCAGAUUUUCAUUCCUAUAGUUAAUGAGGGUCACUGGUCCUUGGUGGUUGUUACCAUUAAACCAGAACAUGUAUAUAUUCUUGAUUCCGAACCUUUGAGACAUCAAUCGGAGGCAGCUGCUGUGAUAGAUAGACUGACGGAACAUUUGAGCAGUAAGCACGUCAUUGAUAUCUUUGGGUAUCCUAAAGAUACGCCAAAUGUUAAGCCUCAAGAUAACAACUGGGCCUGUGGUUUUCAUGUUCUAUUAUAUAUCAAAGGGUUCGAGAAUAGGGACAUAUUUGACAUCAACGAGGAAGCAGUGUUUAAGUUCCGAAUGAAGCUUUCUGUGGAACUACGCCACCAUAAGAUGAACCGAGCACGAGCAGUUGGCCCAAUCCAUAUUCGCCCUAAGGAAGGAAAAGGCGCAAGCCGUGAUGCAUACAUCUACAUGGAAGAAAGCAUUGCAGCAAGCGCAGAGGACAACCAGGAAGAGGCAGAGGUGAAGGGGAAAGAUGCAUCAGGCAAUGAUAAGAAGAGUGCUGGCAGUAACCAGGAAGAGGAAGAUGCAUCAGGCAAUGAUGAGAAGAGUGCUGGCAGUAACCAGGAAGAGGAAGAUGCAGAGGUGAAGGGCAAAGACGCAUCAGGCAAGCCAGCUGGUGAGGACGAUGAUAAUGCACUCAUUUCACCACAAGAUAAGCGAACGCGCAGGAAGACUACUCCUAGUAGUAGUUUCCAUGAACCCCCGAAAUUUGAAGUAGCUACACAACUGACUGCUACUAAGACAGCUGAGGUCUACGAUUAUGUCAAAAAAAUUGGUAAGUUUAUGGAUGAUUAUAGUUUUGUUGAGAGUUCUUUUUUAUUGAGUAACUGACUGAUAUUCAUAUCGUGUUUUUAAUUGGCAAAGCAAUGAUUCUGUGCUGUUCAAGUUGGGCGACAUUACCAUGACGGGGGGUCAGCUGAUAAAGUGCUUAGAGGCAGACGACAGUACCAAGACCAUUAUGAAUGCAUUUGUUCAAUGCCUCGAGUAUGAUGAUGUUGAAAAAAAACGCUCUGCACACAGAAAAAUCAUUUUUCCACCACAAAACCUAGCAAGUUUUCUGAAACAAACAUAUUUUUGGCAUUGUAGCAACGGGAUGUCAUAAGGGGAACAUUUUAUGAGUAGAAACACGAUAUGAAUAUUUUGUUGUGCAGACUGGCGAUGGAAUGCAAGGGAUUGGAACUGAGAUUGCUUCUUGGUUGAUGGGUGGAAAAAAAGACGUUGCUUCAGGAAAAAAACUGAGAAAUAUAAGACAGAGAUUUGUAAUUGUUCCCAUCUUUCAACAUGAAGAAUGGACUGUGUUUUUUGUUGAUACUUGCUCAAGUAACCAAGUCUCUGUCUUGAUUUCCACAACAACAAAAUUAGGAGCCAGUGAGAUUGAAAAGUCUGCUAGAACAUUCGCGGAGCAGGCACAUGAUGGCUUCAUGCAUGGUGGCUACGCCUCACCAUUUCCCGUCCUGGACCAGAUAAGAGCGGCAACUGUUUUUAUCAAAUCCCGUCCCUGUACUUUAGCAACUAUGGUCUACCUUGAAAGAUACAAUGGCUAUGAAGCGUCCUUGCCACCUGCUAGUUUCACUGUGGAGGAACACGUGCAACCAAAACUGGUCUACUUUCUUCUCCACAAGAAAAAUGAAGUGCAGCUGCCUCCAGAGAUCACUAGCAUAUUGAAAAAAGAUGAAAAGAAGAAGAAGAAAAAAUGAUACAAUGUCCUGUACAAUGCAUAAACUCCUUUCAAUUUCAAUUUGCAGUUCGUUGUGGAGGAACACCAGCCGGAAUGAUUAUCAGAGACUUGAAGGCUUUUG